AUGUGGAGCAACGCUAAUUCAAUUUCAAAUACCGCCGUUGCCACUAGCACUAUUAAAACGAAAAAGAAAAAGAGAAACCAAAAACUGCGACAGGAUGCUAGCGAAAAGCAUAAAACCGUUGCUUUCGCCGCCACCGCAAAUUUAGAAAAGGCCAUUCGGCAGACAAGAGAGAAAGUCGCAAAGAUCGCCCAAGAACAUAAAGCGCAGAACCGCAAAUUCCGUGAUCGAGAAUUCGACCUCUUCGUGAAUAAAAGUGAUUGCCUUUACAGUGUCGGCAAGGAAAGCUACACUUGCACCGAUGUUAAGCGAGUGUCGUCGUUGUAUAAGAAACCACAAUUUUUCAUUGAUGGGGUUGAACCGAAUGACAUUAAACAAGGAGCGGUCGGUGAUUGUUGGUUCGUGGCCUCACUGGCAGUGAUCACGAAUAUUCCAAGUCUACUGGAAACAAUCUGUGUCGCGAGGGAUGAGGAAGUUGGCGUCUAUGGAUUUAUCUUUUUUAAGGUAAUCGAGGCGUAUGCCAAAAUUCACGGCGAUUACGAAAGUAUCAGUGGUGGCUACACGGGUCAAGGAAUCGAAGACUUAACGGGAGGAGUGUACACCACUACAUUUGUAUCCGACAUUUUAGACAAAGAAAGAUUCUGGAAUGAAGAGUUGAAGAAUGUCAACGAUAAUACGCUGUUCGCCUGUGCUCGUUACAAUGACAAUAAUAUUGAACCCAAAGGGACCAUAUCCGGCCAUGCCUAUAGUAUUUUACGCGUCGCAGAAAUUGAGGAUGGCAUUAAAUUAGUGUUGGUUCGAAAUCCAUGGGGAGGAACCGAGUGGACCGGUGCGUGGAGUGACGGUAGCAAGGAGUGGACCUCCGAACGCAUGAAGAUCCUAAAUCAUCGAUUCGGGGAUGAUGGUGCGUUCUGGAUGUGUUACGAAGAUUUCUUGGAAUAUUGGAACGAAAUUGAUAAGUGCAGGUUGUUCGAUUCAAGUUGGACGGUCUAUUCGACUUGGAUCAACUAUAACGUGGUCCCCAAAUCCAAUGGAAAAUUUACUCUCACGAUUCCUGAGAAGUGUGAUGUGGUAAUCGUGCUUCAACAACCUGACGACCGAUAUUUUAGCGACCCGCCAAAGUUUGAAUACCAACUCAGCUUCCGCAUAUAUGAAAAAGGAAAUAGCACUUAUCUUACCAGAAGUCGCCUGACGGUUCCAUACGGUCCUCGAAGCGUCAAUCACGAGGUAGAAUUGCCCGCCGGUACAUAUGAAAUCAUUCCCCACAUAUAUCGCGAACCAAUUGUUGAAUCGGAAAAUCCGUCCAAUACGUCUACCGAUCCGUCAGAAUCCGAUGAGUUAAAAUUGUUGUCCAAGAGACGCAAGGAAAUGUAUUCGAAGAAUAAAGGAUUAACUUUGGAGGGCGAACCCGGAGAGUUUCCCAGAAAAGAUGAGAAGAAUAAGGAUGAUGCUGAUCCGGAAGCUGAUACCAGGGCCACUGAGGGGGGAGGGGAUGUUGAAGCUGAUGCAAAAGAAGGCGAAGAAAAGAAAGCUGACGUGGAAGAGAGUAAUGAAGACAAGAAAGAAGAGGUGGAACGAUGA